CUUGCUAAUAAGCUAAAGUGUUACUUAUGUUUGAUGAAUGAAAAGAUUAUAAAGGAAAUAAUGAGGAACUUAAAUUUGAUGCUAUGUACAAUAUGUAUGUUUCAACUUGUUUACAACUGGACAGGAGAGGUUGACGAAACAUGUAAAGUAGAUUGUGCAUGCUGUAAAGAUAGGAUAUGUGGACCAGGGAUUACUGCUACAGAUUGUACUCAUGGCUGUAUUGAUGGUCAUAGAGGUGCUCGGUGCUACUUGCGAUGUACACACAAUUGUACAAAAUGCCCUGAUCAUGAAGAUACGUGUACUGAGUGUUAUGAUGGCUAUUAUCCCGGUCCUGCUAGAGACUGCACAUCAAAGUGUUUACCCGGAUGUAAAACAUGCACGUCAGGAACCACGUGCACAUCAUGCAAGGAAGGAUAUUAUAACGCCGCCGGUCAAAAUGAUUGUCGUAAUCGUUCAUGUCCUGAAAGUUGUAAUUGUGAUAAUGGUCAGUGUACAUCAUGUAAGGACGGAUACUACGAUACCAGUAAAUUAUGUAAUAUUUUAUGUCCAGGUAACUGUGUCACGUGCUCGUCGAAUACUGAUUGUGGCUCGUGUAAGGAUGGUUAUUAUAAAGGUUACCCUAACGAUAACAUUAACCUCCCUUUGUUACACGACUGUACAUACACAUGUCGGGAUAACUGUGUACGGUGCCCAUCCUAUGAUAGUUGUUUGGUUUGUAAAACUGGGUUAUAUGGACAAACCUGUGAGAAAAAUUGUUCGACUGGUUGUAUGUCAAAGAAUUGCGAUAUAUUAACUGGAAACUGUGAUUGUCUUCCUAAUUUUUCUGGGAAAAGGUGUGAUAAAUGUAAAACCGGAAAAUAUGGACAUAUGUGCGAGCAACAGUGUCCUGCAGGGUGUAAAGGUAACGUAUGUGAAAGAGAUUCCGGAGAGUGUACAGACGGAUGUACUAUAGUUACGAUUAUUGGGGAUAAAUGUGACGUUUGUUUAACUGGCUGGUAUGGACAAUACUGUAACAUGUCUUGUUCUGUAGGCUGUAAAAAUCAGCAAUGCGAGAAAAGUAAUGGUGAAUGCUCAAAUGGAUGUCUUGAUAACUUUCUAGGAGGACGGUGCAAUCGAUGCAUACCUGGCAAAUAUGGAGAUUCAUGCAACAGUCAGUGUCCAGUCAACUGUGACAAGAUAGGCUGCGUCAUAGACUCUGGCAAUUGUUUCAAUUGUAAUGAGAACUUUGAUGGAGAGAAAUGUGAAAAAUGUACCGUUGGUUUUUAUGGUUCCCUUUGCUCUGAGAGAUGCCCGUCUAAUUGUUUAAAAAGUGUUUGUGAUAGAGAUACAGGAACGUGCUCAGAUGGCUGUGUCGUCAAUUAUUCUGGUGACAGAUGUUGUAUAAAUAAUAACAACUGCAUCACAUGUUUGUCAAAUACUAGGUGUAAACAGUGUAAGCCUGGAUACUUCAAUGACCAAUGUGACAAACAAUGUCCACAGAACUGUCUAAAAUCCUGUCAUGUCGAAACCGGUCUUUGUAACAGUUGCAAAGGUAACUUUUAUGGUGAUAGUUGCAACUUUUCAUGUGCCUAUACAUGCAAUGUACAAACAACGGCAGGUGGAAGUUUAUGUCAGCAGACAGAUGGUAAAUGUCUAUAUGGGUGUGUUGAUGGUUUCCAUGGUUUACAGUGUUCUAAGAUAUGUUCUGUUUAUUGCAGCGAUACAGUUUGUAACCAAACCACUGGCAAAUGUACAAAAGGUUGCAAAACUAAAGUAAAGGAUGAUCAUUUUUGCCCUCUGGUUUCAGACUUAAGUUCCUCAGAGGAGUCAGUGAAUACAGCUGCAAUAUUACUUGGAACAAUUCUUGCUGUGUCAGUAGUUGUUAACAUUAUACUUGUGGUUACGUUGAUUCUCUGGAAAUAUCGGAAAAGGGUCAAUGCUAGUAGCAAGACAAAUGGACCUCUUUAUGAAAACUCUGGCAUUGAAAUGGAAUGUGAAAAUUCAACAAAUCAUAGAAUUGUUCCAGCAUCAAACAACGACACUAUGUUUAAGUUACAUGACUAUGAGGCUAUUGGAAGAGCUCAAGUAUCAGAACAUGAAUAUGGACAAAUUUGUCCAGCCACUGGGUUUCAUUGAUGUAAUUAUAGAAGUCAGCAUUAGCAAAGAUAAAUGUUUAUCACCAACAAUAAUUAUUACUUUCAUUUAAAGUGUCACGUCAAUAGAGUAACAAUUUGAAUUAUAAAUAAUGGACUACAUUAUAUCAAACACAGCAUCAUUGUGAAUGAUGUAUUCAGUUUCACUCUCUCUAUUGUAUAGUGCUGAAAACCUGUCUGAUAUUUUGAUGUGUUGAGAGUGGCCUUCAGCUAUAAUAUUUUGUUGGACAAAUAAUUUUGUGAUGUUUCAAACGAAGUAUGUCGGUAAUAUUACCUAGGAAAAGUUUUCAGGUUAAGCCUUCUUCAAUACAGCACCCCGCGUGCAGUGACGAUGAAUUGGAAACGAAUCGUCCGCCUUAUAAAUUAAAAGUGAGAGAUAGUAGAAAUAUUCAGUAUUGAAUUUUAUUACGAAGACCUCAACAUUAAACAUGGUUCACUACUGCACACAAGCAUAGUUGUUUGUAUGAUACUACUUUAGUGUAAGUUUACUUAAAAUGCUUAUUUUUGUCCAGCGGCCAUAAGGGAUGAUGCUUGUUCAUAAUAAAUUUGUGUUUAUGUUGUUGCAUUUUUUCUUUGAAAAUUCGAUUACGAUAGA